GAAAUAAGAGGCGGUUUCACUGAAAAGAUUUUCUUGCCACCCAUCAACCUCCUUUCCUGCGGGAAGUUCAAGUGUUGCACGCUUGCCUGCUGGGCUUCUGCGUCUCUCUCUCUCUCUCUCCGUAGCCCUGCGAAUCCGCCAUGCCGAUCCACCUAAGGUUCUUAAGCAUGGCAGUCAAGCACCGGGGGGAGCGGUGGCGGGAGAUCCGCCGCUGUUACUCGGUGGUCUCUGCACCCCCUGUAAUACCUCCCUUCGACUACGAGCCCAAACCUUAUCAUGGAUUGAGGGCUGACGAGGUUUUGGAGAAGAGGAAGAAGUUCCUGGGCCCUUCUCUCUUCCAUUACUACCAAAAACCCCUCAAUAUCGUGGAAGGCAAGAUGCAAUACUUAUUUGAUGAGGAUGGAAAACGUUACCUCGACGCUAUUGCAGGAGUCGUUACUGUAUCUUGUGGACAUUGUCAUCCAGAUGUUGUUAAUGCCAUCAUGGAGCAGAGUAAGUUGCUCCAGCACACCACAACUAUAUACCUGCACCAUGCUAUUGCAGAAUAUGCAGAAGCUCUGGCCUCUAAAAUGCCCGGAGAUCUAAAGGUUGUGUAUUUUGUAAACUCUGGAACUGAAGCAAAUGAACUAGCAAUGCUUAUGGCACGCCUUUACACUGGUAAUGUUAGGAUGGUUGCCUUGAGAAAUGCAUAUCAUGGUGGAAGUUCAGGUACACUUGGAUUGACAGCCAUGAAAACAUGGAAAUACAACAUACCUCAGGGCGAAAUUGGCCAUGUUAUGAACCCAGAUCCAUAUCAUGGUGUAUUUGGUUCUGAUAGUGUCCGUUAUGCCAAAGAGGUGCAAGAUCAUAUCGACUAUGGAACUGCUGGUCAAGUUGCAGGUUUCAUUGCGGAAACCUUCCAGGGCGCUGGAGGGGCAGUUGAGUUGGCUCCUGGAUAUUUAAAGUUAGUAUAUGACAUUGUUCGUAAAGCUGGAGGUGUAUGCAUAGCAGAUGAAGUACAGAGUGGAUUUGGUCGAACUGGAAGUCAUUAUUGGGGAUUUGAAACACAGGGUGUCGUCCCUGAUAUUGUCACCAUGGCAAAGGGUAUUGGCAAUGGUCUGCCUUUAGGAGCAGUUGUAACAACACCAGAAAUUGCACAUGUAAUGUCACAAAAAAUUCAAUUCAAUACAUUUGGUGGGAACCCUGUAUGUUCUGCUGGUGGACUUGCUGUACUGAAGGUGCUUGACAAAGAGAACCGUCAAAAACAUUGUGCUGAUGUUGGUUCCCAGCUGCUUGAUCGUUUGAGAUAUCUUCAGAAGAAACAUGAAAUUAUUGGGGAUGUAAGAGGAAGGGGCUUAAUGGUGGGGGUUGAACUUGUGACUGAUAGACAAAUGAAGACGCCAGCCAAGGCAGAAACUUCGAUCAUCUUUGAAAAAUUAAAAGACUUGGGAGUGUUGAUUGGAAAAGGUGGACUUCAUGGCAACGUUUUCAGGAUAAAGCCACCUAUGUGUUUCACAAAGGAAGAUGCAGACUUCCUUGUAGAUGCAGUGGACUAUGCAAUGUCAGGGAUUUGACGAGAUCUUGGUGUAGAAUCUGAUCCAACUCUAUGGAGGACGAAGUUAGUAUUCUUUGUUUCCCCUGCGAAUGGACAUCAAUAACUGGGGAUUCUUCAGAUCUGCGUGCACUUUUUGUCAAAGCGUUGUUAAACUUAUGAGUUUGAUCUCUUCUCUCUUGCAUCACGCAAUUAUGGGCAAAAAUCUUGUAAUCUUGUGAAAAAUUGGAGCAAGAGUUUGUGAAUUCUGAAGUUUUUGUCUGCGAAGACCAGAUAUCUGCUGUUUCAGAUACUCCUCGAGAACUAUUCAAACACGACUUUAACUUA